AUGCUACAGGACCAGUGUAGCGAGAACAAGUUCGAGCACGAUACUGACGGGAGAACCGAGACAGACGUUCAGCACGCUGCUCGUGCUCGGCGGCGAGGCCCGCGGCGAGAACUUGACACGGACACCACCCUGGAGGGGAGGACGAAGACAACAGGAACAGUCACCUACGCCAUGCUGAUCGAGCUACAAGCUUCCUCCCACUCGCCGGCCGGCCCGCCGCGGCGCCAGAAGCAGCGGAGCUUGAGGUGGCGCGCGACGACAUUGACGAUGGCGACGGCGGCGGCCGCGGCCGCGGCAGUGUCGGCGACGGGGUCGAGCGGGCCUCCACUGACGAAGCGGCCGACGAUGAGGCAGGCGACGAGGAGCAGGGGCAGGCACCAGAGCACGAAGUCGAGCGCCGAGUCGAGGUCCACGUCCCACUGCCACACCCUCAGCAUGGCCAUCGAUCGUCGGGACUCGCGCUGGAGCCGGCCGGAGGAGGCGAGGCAAGCACGGACGGACGGAGCUGGAGCCGGACGGACGAGCGAGCGAGCGAGGACGCCGCCGACGAGAAGGGGAGAAAAAAAGAAGAAAAGGAAAGGUGGAACCAGCGAGCAGCUAGCGUGGUUGCAGCUGGAUCAAGGUGUGGACUUGCCUCGCCGCGACUGGACUGCGGUGGAUGGAUCGUCUCAGCGCACAGCGCAGGCCGGCGGAGAAAAAAGAGGGGGUUUUUUGACGAGCAGCAGCGGCGGCGGCGAGACGAGAAAUCGAUCGAUCGAUCGUGGGCUCGUGGCCGGCCGAUCGAUCGAUCCCCGCAGGCAGGGCAGCCCCCCGGCUGGUGGCCCUCCCCGUCCCCGUCCGUCCGCGGCGCGGAGCUAGCACGGAUCCGCCCCGACAUGGACUGCAGCAGGGGUGAGCUGAAACCGGCAUGGUCGGCCGAGUGCGCUGUCCGCUUCCGGUUGCCGAGACGAGCGACGGGGGGCGAGUGGGGGGAGGAGGAGAUGGGAUGGAUAGGUUCGCCCCCGAAGAGGAAAAAGGGAAAAGGGGCCGGCCGGGGCGGGAAAGGGGAAACCUUUCCUCCAUUCCCGCGCGGGCUACUACUACCUCGCUCGUCGUCACUACCAACCACCCGUUGCUGCUGGCCGCUGCUCGCCUGCUCAUCGCUACGCUAGUCACUAGCCUAGCCACGUAGCUACGAGGACGACUGGACGUGACACCACUUGCAACAGCUAGCUACAGUGAUUCGGUUACCUCGGCGGCUCUAAUCAUCGUUGGUUUUUGGAUCAUAUCCCUGCCUCUG